AUGACUGAAGAAUUGCAGACCCAACAGCAGGCCCCGGCGGCUCCAAUGCAACCACAGCCAAAGCAACGUCUCGGCCCACAAGACUAUCGCAACUCAGAGCUAGUAACGAAAUUGAUGGCCGCCAAUCCGCCUUAUCUCUAUUCACCGGCGGUUGGUCCGCACAAUUUCUUCUUCAGCGAAAUGCUUCGAUCGUUGGUGGCCAACAAGCGGAACGAAAGUUUGCGCAACGCAUCGGAACAACUGCACCAUCAUCAGCACCAGCAACAGCAGCCUACGCAACAACAUCAUCCCCAACAACAGCCACAGCAGUCAGUUCCACAUCCGAACCAUCUUACAAAUCAUUUGACAUUGCAAGCGGCAUCAUCCCGUCGGCCUCGCAAACGCUCCUGGAGCCAGCAUCGAUACUAUCCGGAAGCAAUAAAAGAAGGCAAAGACGUCGAUGACAAACUGCGGCCUACCCAGCCGGAGAAGCCUCUCGAGCUGACCAACAAACUGUCUGCUUUCAGUCGAAACAUUUCCUCCACGGCACCGAAAUAUCCCGACGGACUCGAACCAUCCGAAGGCUUCAAAGCACCAACGUUCCAGGAACGAAAAUCGGACGACUCGAAACCACCGACGACUGCGGCUGGCGUUUCGGAAAAGUCUCCCAUCAAUAAUACGACCCUCAUUCAGGAACCACCGGCAGCUUCGAUGCCCCCAUCAGAUCUCAUACUCCCACCACCACCACCCGUCUGGUACCCACCGCUCUAUCCACCGUACGGUAUCGAUCCGUUACAUUUCUUCAUUGAUCUACGCGUCUCGGGACAUAUCUACGAUCGCAAAAAAGAAUCAAACUCAUCGAACAGCUCCGAUGAUUCACUUCUGUCGGUCAAGCGCGAACACUCGAAGCUCAUCGGCACGGGCAACGAUCGACAAGGGUCAGCAUUUAGCGUACCGAAGCCCCGAGAAACGGGGACGAUUGGUGGUACCAGAACGACUCCGAUUAAUCUUGCCGCUCCCCAAGAGGACGGUGAUGGUGUUACGGGAGAGGUUGGCUACGGGGGCAAAGAAUCGACCGAACAACACACUCCACCGAUGGGAUCACUGUUCUUGGGCGAUGUUACCGACCACAAGACGAUGGAAGCGAUCAAGAGCACCAACUAUGUGCUGCAGAACCUUCCAAGGAUUUAUGGGGAUUUGAACGGGAAUCACAAGAUCGCCGAUCGAUGCUUGACGGACGAUGAGACGAAUGGGAAUAUGAGCGAUGAGCAGGAGCAGGACAGCAAAUCCGUUGGAUCGACGGAUGAUUUGAUUGGGGAUGACAGUAAAUACAAAGACGUGGAUUUGAAUGUGAUCUCCGACGAGGAAUCUAUUGCAGUCGAUGAGAAUUAAAUAAAAUUGAG